AUGGCGGACGCGUCCGACUCCACGCGCCAACAGGCCUGCACCUUGCCGCGAGAGAAGGUCUUCUCAAUCCAGAUUGGUUCAGAGCUAUUUCGUCUCUCCGGCGCAUCAAUUGCCUCGGAUGCACCAUCAUACUUCUCUCGAUUCUUCGAGGAGCAAAUGCGGACCUCCGAUUCCUCAAACAUUCGAACUCUCUAUAUCGAUCGUGAUCCCGAGACAUUCAAGGAGAUCGCGAGACAUCUACAAGGCUAUCAUGUCCGACCACGAGAUGGCACACAGUUCGUUAAGCUAUUUGCCGAUUCACAAUUCUACACUUUACCCCGAUUAAUGUCCCAACUAUUCGAAUCCGAGAUCUUCAUUCAAAUCGGCGACCGACAUUUUCAAAUCCCCCGCGAUAUAUUCUCAGGUCCCGGUGACUCUCCGAACUUCUUCACCCUCGGAUUCGGAGCCUUCUUCGCUUCCCCAGCAGAAGUAUUCCCCGGCCUUGAACGCGUAGGACUCCUCCGACCCCCCGCAAUCGUACCCCCAAGCGUCCCCAAUCGAUCCGCCGAAGUCUUCGCCGAACUCCUACAUCUCCUUCGCGGCUACCCAUUAAAGAUUCGAAAUGAAGAUCACCGCGCCGAGCUCCUACGAGACUGUCGCUAUUUCCACCUCCGAGGCCUAGAGCAACGACUGAUACCACAUAAUAUAAGCGUCAACCCAUUCAACCAGCGAUCGGAAAUCACCCUACAAUUGGAAGACGUUCGCCCGUCAGGCGUGCAGGUAGCCCAAAACUCCGUACACCCAAUGAUGACGAGUGGCCUGGUGAUGUAUACACGCCCCUUUGCGGACGAUACCGCCUGCGACUUGAUCCUGGAAAUCGUUGGCGAAUCUACGAUAAUCAGUCGCGCAGGACAGCGGGCCGACUUUCUGGGAAAAACAAAGUCUCGCAUGGCAAGUUUGGUACAGGUCAUUGGAAAGAAGCUCAAUCUACCCGAGGGCCAGCUUUCUGGUCUUCCGCUCAAAGUACGUUGGGGUCGCGAGACAGACAUCGUCAUUGACGGUGAGCGGGACUCUCAGCGUAUCGCAAGUCUGUUCGUUGCCGGUGAAUCAGAGAGCGAUGGACCUCCUGCCAAACGACAACGUCCAGAUGGAACAGAAGAGGGGCCUUGGAUUGUCCGUUCAGGGCAAUGGCGACUAUUGGUGCAGCAAGUAGAUCCCAAUGGUCCGUGUGAAGUUAUAAUGGGUGCUGUGAAAUUGGAUAUGUGCAGUCAUCCACGUGCACGAAACCAAUCCAGGGACUUCCUCUGA